CAGUGCUCUCGGAAGAAACCAGUCGAGCAUCUGACGAUGACCGCGCAGCUGUGUAAACGGUGCUCGGCCGCCGAGGCGGUUUUUGUCUCUCGCAAGGAGCCAUUCUGCAGGCCCUGCUUCGUGCGCUACAUCCGCGGCAAAGAGCGCAAGCAGAUGGCUCCCUACAAAGUAACCUACCCCCCGCGCUCCUCCUCGCCAACCCCGCCCGUGCGUCUACUUCUUGCGCUUUCUCUUGGCGCGUCGUCAGUUGCUCUGCUUGAGAUGCUCGUCGAGCAUCUGCGCGAUCAGAUUGAGACCCACCGCGGCGCAACCGGGUUCGCCGUCACCGCCGUGCACGUCGACUGCUCGUCCGUCAGUGCGUACUCGCGGUCUCCGGCAGCGGCGAUUGACGAGCUCAGAGACAAGUUUGGCGACAUCUGCACUUUUGAUAUCAUCCCCCUAGACGACUUCUUGCUCAACAGCAGCGACGAGUUGGGCGUAUUCUCGCACGGUCCUGAUCUUGAAUCGUACUCAUUCACCUCUCCGGCCGCCGCCGACGACACAGAAGCGCUUCCGCAUACAGUCAAAUCCGAUAUCCUCGACAAAGUCCGCGACCGGACAUCCAAACGCGAUCUCCUCUCGACCAUCAUCAAAACGCUUGUCGUCUGCGCCGCUGUCAAACACGAUUCGCCCACGCUCCUCUUUGGCGACACAAUGUCCCGUCUGGCCGAGCGCGUCCUCAGUCUAACCGCCAAAGGCCGCGGCGCCUCGAUCCCCGCUUCCAUAAGCGACAACUACUCCAUCAGUGAAUCCGUCGUGCAGCUCUUCCCGAUGCGUGAGAUCAUGCGCGCCGAAGCGGGCGAGUAUGCGGCGAUGCAGGGGUUUGCAGAGUACAUUAUCAAACCGGCCGUCACGCCGGCUGCGGUUCUUCGCAUGAUGACGAUCGACGAUUUGCUCGUCAACUAUUUCCGCGAGAUCGAGGCCGGGUUCCCGAGUAUUGUCUCGACCGUGGUGCGCACCGCGGAUAAGUUGAAAGACACGACGGCCGAGAUGGAUAUGGCUUGUGCUAUCUGCGGUGUAAAGUGCGCGUCUGAGCCGGAGAAGUGGCUGCAGAAUAUUACUGUCAAUACUUCAGCUGUCGAGAAUCCCCAAGAACCCUCGGACAGCGACACACUUACCAAGGACAAAGACAUUUUGUGCUACGGGUGUCUGGUGGCUACAAAAUCUGCAUCAUUUACGUGGCCCUGUCCGCCGCGGAGUACCAAAGAAGAAAUCAUAAGUCAAUAUGAAUUAUAAACAACACCUUCAGGACGAAGUGAACACAACACCAAUCCUAUCGCCUCACUCCAGUCUCAACAUCAUAAUCACCACCCUCAACAUUCCGCAUUCCGCUUUGCUGCGCGUUCGUGCCACUACUCCCACCGCCGUUGUCACGGUCUCCCGAUCCCCAGCCGAACCAACUAGAGGAUUGGGGCUGCGCGGUGUUAGUGGAUUCCGGAUUGGUCGAUGAGCCGACUGGAGCCGUCGUGUUCGGACGCAUGCUAUAAUGUCGCAUUAUCCUAGGCGUUAGAAUUUCUCUACAAUUUUUUUUCUCAGUCAAUAGAAAAACACUAGUAGCUCACCUUUAAAUUAUGCUGUCCGACCU